CUGUCCCAUCCCAACAUACCAGCACUCGUCCUUUUCCAUUCUUUAUACAGACACACACACAAAAUAAAGAAAAACAACCUUUUCCGUUCACUUCUCAUCCCUCUCUCUAUCUCUCUCUUCUCCCAUAUAUCAUCCAAUAUAAUAUAAUACAAUACAACCAACAACUGUCACAGACAAACUCUGAGUAGUACCUCUUUUAAGUUUCUACUUUCAUUCUCCCUCUCCCUCUCCUCUCAUUCAUGUCCAACUCCAACUCAUCUCAAACCUCCUCUUCUGAUUAAUGAAGCCUCUUCUUUUCUUUUGUUUCUCUCGUUCAAACCAAUAAAUACAAUAAAUCGAGAAGGGAUGAUGGCUGUGAGUUCGGCCUGCAAAGAUGGGAGCAAGGUGGCAAUGGACAACGGCAAGUAUGUCCGCUAUACACCCGAACAGGUGGACGCACUGGAAAGGCUCUACCAUGAAUGCCCCAAACCAAGUUCCCUCCGCCGCCAGCAACUCAUAAGAGAGUGCCCCAUUCUUUCCAACAUUGAACCCAAACAGAUCAAGGUUUGGUUCCAAAACCGAAGGUGUAGAGAGAAGCAGCGGAAAGAAGCGUCACGGCUGCAAGGUGUGAACAGGAAGCUGACAGCAAUGAAUAAGUUACUAAUGGAGGAAAACGACAGAUUGCAGAAGCAGGUGUCACAGCUGGUAUAUGAAAACAGCUUUUUCCGCCAACAGACUCAGAACGCUACGGUUGCCACGACGGACACGAGCUGUGAGUCGGUGGUGACGAGCGGUCAGCGGCACUUGACGCCCCAGCAUCCCCCGAGGGAUGCUAGCCCUGCAGGACUUUUGUCCAUUGCAGAGGAGACUUUAGCAGAGUUUCUUUCAAAGGCCACUGGAACUGCUGUCGAGUGGGUCCAAAUGCCCGGGAUGAAGCCUGGUCCGGAUUCCAUUGGAAUCGUUGCUAUUUCUCACGGUUGCCCUGGAGUGGCCGCACGUGCCUGCGGCCUUGUGGGUCUAGAACCUGCCAGGGUUGCCGAAAUCCUCAAAGAUAGGCUCUCGUGGUUUCGUGAUUGCCGAACCGUGGACGUUCUAAAUGUCAUGUCCACUGGAAAUGGUGGAACCAUUGAGCUACUUUACAUGCAGUUGUAUGCGCCAACAACUUUAGCACCUGGUCGUGACUUCUGGUUGCUGCGCUACACAUCACUUUUGGAAGAUGGUAGUCUAGUGGUCUGUGAAAGAUCACUCAACAAUACUCAGAAUGGUCCUGCUAUGCCUCCGGUGCAGCAUUUUGUUAGAGCUGACAUGCUGCCAAGUGGCUAUCUGAUAAGACCUUGCGAAGGAGGGGGGUCCAUUAUCCAUAUUGUUGAUCAUAUGGUUCUAGAGCCAUGGAGUGUUCCUGAAGUUUUGCGCCCACUUUAUGAGUCAUCAAUGUUGCUAUCUCAGAGGACUACUAUGGCGGCCUUACGUCAUUUGAGGCAGAUUUCUCAAGAGGUUUCUCAGCCAAGUGUAACAGGAUGGGGAAGAAGGCCUGCAGCUUUACGUGCACUGAGUCAGAGAUUGAGCAAGGGCUUUAAUGAAGCUGUCAAUGGCUUUGCCGAUGAUGGCUGGUCCAUGUUAGAAAGUGAUGGCAUAGAUGAUGUCACUCUUCUAGUGAAUUCCUCACCUAGCAAGAUGAUGGGAGCUAACCUUGGCUAUAACACCAAUGGAUUUCCUUCUAUGAGCAGUUCUGUGCUAUGUGCCAAAGCAUCCAUGUUGCUACAGAAUGUUCCUCCAGCAAUUCUUCUUAGAUUCUUGAGGGAGCACCGGUCAGAAUGGGCAGAUAGCAGCAUUGAUGCCUAUUCAGCUGCUGCCAUUAAAGCCGGUCCCUGUAGCUUGCCAGGGGCCCGACCAGGAGGAGGUUUUGGGGGUCAGGUUAUUCUUCCGCUAGCUCACACAAUCGAGCAUGAAGAGUUCAUGGAGGUUAUUAAGCUUGAAAACAUGGGCUACUAUAGGGACGACAUGACUAUACCUGGUGAUGUUUUCCUCUUGCAACUUUGCAGUGGAGUGGACGAGCAUGCAGUUGGCACCAGCGCAGAACUUGUUUUUGCUCCAAUAGAUGCAUCUUUCUCUGAUGAUGCACCCAUUUUACCUUCUGGGUUUCGCAUUAUACCACUUGAUUCUAGCUCAGAUGCUGCUAGUCCAAACCGGACACUUGAUCUGGCUUCUGCACUUGAGGUUGGAACCACAGCAAACAAAGCAGCCGGUGAUAACGCAGGUCAUUCUGGGAGCACAAAAUCUGUGAUGACAAUAGCAUUCCAGUUUGCAUUUGAAGUCCACCUUCAAGAGAACAUAGCAACCAUGGCCAGACAGUAUGUUCGUAGUAUCAUUGCCUCUGUUCAAAGGGUUUCAUUAGCACUUUCUCCUUCCCGUUUUGGUUCUCACAAUGCAUUUCACUUACCACCUGGCACUCCUGAGGCUCAAACACUUGCUCGAUGGAUCUCUAACAGCUAUAGGUUCUAUCUAGGGGUAGAACUUCUUAAAUGUGAAGGCAGUGAAUCCAUUCUCAAGCCUCUUUGGCAUCACUCAGAUGCAAUUUUGUGCUGCUCUUUAAAGGCAUUACCCGUUUUUACGUUUGCAAAUCAAGCUGGACUUGACAUGCUUGAAACAACUUUGGUUGCACUUCAAGACAUAACCCUGGAAAAGAUUUUUGAUGACAAUGGAAAGAAAACCCUGUGCAGCGAGUUCCCCCAGAUAAUGCAGCAGGGUUUCAUGUGUAUUCAAGGUGGAAUCUGUUUGUCGAGCAUGGGUAGGCCAGUGUCCUAUGAGAGAGCAGUUGCAUGGAAAGUAUUAAACGAAGAAGAAUCUGCUCAUUGCAUCUGUUUUAUGUUCAUCAAUUGGUCUUUUGUCUGAUAGAUUAAACACUGUAGGAUGUAGGAAAGAAAAGUAGAGAACAAGAGUACCUUAACUUUGGCGAAUCCCUAGAAUGCUUUAAACUCCAAGAUCUAUCUAUGCUCCCAUUUCCUUCUUUUUUUAA